AUGGUAUGUUGUGUAUUGAAUCAAAUGUUGCAAUGUUUCAUCUAGUGGUUACUGGCGGUGUUCUUUAACAUUACCAAAUAACUUCUAGAUUUUUGAAGACCAUGCUGCAAGAAGGUUGAUCAAACAGCUGGAAGUAAAUUGUUGUAAUGAAGGCUGUGGUUGGCAGGGAUGUCUGAGUACACUUUUACAGGUACAAUAUGCUAUGUUUUGAUCUUACAGCGAUUCUCACUCGACAAUGCCAAUUGUUUUGUCGAAAUGUGAUUGUCGUUUUGGCGUCACACGAUUGUUGUAUACUGUCACGGCCAUUUUAAAAUGUUGUCUGGGCCAUUUGAGAAUGUUAUCAGGGCGCGGUAUUUUUAUUAUAGUUCCACGUUUGAGUGGCAAUUGCCGUACCGUGACAGCACUCUCCCCUUAAUUGACAAGUACAUGGAAAAAUGAUUCAACUCUGAUUGGCAAAUGCUUAUAAGAUUUUAGGUAAUAGUGCAUGCUAUAGGAAAUCCUUUAGGAAGUCUAGUUUCCCAUUGGAAUUUCUAUAGGAAUUUCUAUAGAAAUAGAAUUGCGUAUAAGAAUUCUUACAGGAAUUAUAGGAUUUUUUUUGUAAGACGAUCAUACAUUUUUUAAGGUAACACAUUCGUUACCAUCCUAUGACCUAUACUAAUUCAAUCUAGGAUCAUCAGAAUAGCUGCACCUUUUUGAUCCGCAGUGGUGAUAAUGUCCAUCAACUUGAUGUGGGAAAACUUGAGCAAAAACUUGAAACACUCAUGCUCAAAGUUUCAACUUUGGAAAAGAAGGUAUAAGAACACAUGCAUUGUGUUAGAUAAUUCUGUCAGAUUCACUUUAUAUUACAUUUGUUUUGACUGAUAAUUACUUUAAAUUUGUAAAAAAAAUUUAGCAUGAAGAAGAUAUUAAAGAACUUAAAUUGAAGGUAAUUAGUACUUUUGGUACAAAUGUAAUUAAAUUGCGCAUAUGGUGAAAAAUUUAAAAUAGCCUUUAAAACGAAGACGAUAUUAUUAAUUUAGAACUUAUAAGUAUAUCUGCCCAUGUCACUUUAAGGGCCUGUUCAUAUGGGCAAAAGUUAUCCCGGUUAACGAGAGAACUUUUCGACUAGCCAAAUACUUUUGUUCUGUUCAUAUGGAGAAAUAUUAUCCCACUUACCGGGAAAAGUUUCCAGCUGUGACGUAGCAAUGAACAUCAAUUGAAUUGAAAAGUUGCUGACACGACAAAAAGUUAUCCCGCUAAGCGGGAAAGUUUUGUUCAUAUGGGGAAAACAUUAUCUCGGUCACCGAGAUCUCGCCUGUCAACAAGCGAGAUCUCGGUACACGGGAAAACUUUUCGUCUCAUGUGAACGCAAUGUAACUUUUCAUAUUAUUUUCGUAACAAGGCGAGAUCUCGCUCGUAAACUUGUCGAAAAGUUUUCUCGCUAACCGGGAUAACUUUUGGGCCAUAUGAACAGACCCUUACAAGUCAAGUACACUACAUGCAAUGCAUUAAAUGAUGUAUCUUUUAAAUUUGCGUUUUGAAAUUGACAUAUAUUUGCUAAUAUUGCAGUAUGAAAAUGAGAUGAAGCAAGUCAAAUCAAAGGUAAAACGGUUUAACUUUUUUUUGUCAAUUCACUCAGGUGUGAUUACAAAUUUUGUCUUAGUAUCACCGUAUUUUAUUUUUUGUGGGUUCUAAUGUUUAUAGCUCAUAAUGCCUGGUAAAGCACACCAAAUGCUAUAAUUUAAUCGCUUAGCAUGAUGAAGAACCUUUGAACAGGUGUUUCACAUUUGUUCUUAUUGAUGAGCAAGAUGAUCUUAGUCAAAGACAAAACAUUGAGGCCACAAUAUUUCCAAAUUAUGCUGAAGAAUUUAGGAGAUAGACAGCGUGAAGGCUAGAGAAAAUACAGUUAGUCAAACAUUCAUUUCUGCGUCCUCGUCAAUGGACCGGCCAUUUGCAUUAUAGACUAAAUUGUGAUCUAGACAAAAAUUUCACCACAGCUUGAAAGAGCAUCACAAAAUUAGUAAUAUUCCAAAGUUUCGUUGCGAAAUGUUGUAAAAUGCGAAUAAUAUGGCCUUGCGAAAUUUGCAAUUUUCAGUCAUUUUAGAUUACAAACGGGAAAUGGUUACCACUUCUGUGCGUAAUACGAAUUGACUGAAAAUUACAAACUUUGCAAGGCUAUAUUAUCCGCAUUUUACAACAUUUUGCAACGAAACUUUGGGAUAUUACUAAUUUUGUGAUGCUCUUUCAGGCUGUGAUGAAAUUUUUGUCAGAUCAAAAUUUAGUCUACAAUGCAAAUGGCCAUAGUCAAUACAUUAGAGAUCACCCUGUAUAUACAUCAAGAGCAUGCAUUAUAGUGUGGACGCCUACCUACAGUAGUUGUACUAUCAUCUAGACAUUCGCGUGCUUGAAAGAAUUUGCAUGGCAACCAUGACGUCGGGUAAACCUGUAUGUCUCUCCACCUGUCUGUCCUCGUCCACUCCUUUCCACCUGCAUGUCUUGCUUACUUACUUACUUAUUCUCCCCUUUGCUCCUUUUAAGAAUUUUUAAUAUGUAGCAUACACUGAUAUAUUUAACUUUUAACAUAUACAUCUAAUCUAAAUUCUUGGCAGGUACAUGUACCUUGCAUGGGUCCUCUUUCAAGAGUCCCGUUUGUACCUUGCCUUUUCGAAUCUUCGAAUUAUAAAUUAUUCUUAUGUAACUAUUUGCUGUGUUAUUCUUGCACUCGAUAACAUAUUCUAUGCAUUAUUGGUCCAAAUUAAUUUUUAAACUAUUAAGCAGCAACUGCGGCCUCUUACAAUUGUACCUUUUCUAACAUUGCAGCAUGAAGAUGAGUUAAAGCAAUUCAAGACAAAGGUCAGUUAAAUUUUUUGACAUUUAAGAAAUAUUGGUGUGACUGUUGGUCCCAAACUCCCAAUAUUUAUAUUUUUAGAAACUAAAAGAGUUCUUUUUCUAAAUUUUGCCUAGCACGAUGAAGAUGUGAGGCUUCUUGGGCAAAAAGUUUAUUUAUUGCAGGCCAUCGGAGCUGCGCAUGCUCCACUGACAACACAGUUUCAUCAACGACCUUUGCAUCAACAAGAACCGAAACCAGAUUACACUUUAAAGAUUGCAGACUUUACAAGAAGGCUUGCUCAAGCAAAAUCUGACAAUGAUCAUGGCAUAAUUCAAAGUGAACCUUUUUGCUCCAGCCAUGGUUACAAAAUGAAGCUUCAGGUCCAAUUAAAUCAAGCGCCAUAUGGCUACGAAGGCUACAUGGGUGUUUACAUAGUGUUAAUGAAAAGUGAUCGAGAUGGAACACUACCCUGGCCUUUUACAAAGCGUUGCACAUUUGUUCUUGUUGAUCAGCAAGAUGACAUUCGUCAGAGACAGAACAUUGAGGCGGUAUUUACUCCAAAUGGACAGGAAGAGUUUAAGAGACCAAGACAGCGUGAAAAUAGAGGAAGGGGAAAUCCUCAAUUUGUUAAACACUCCACUCUACGUACUCGUCAAUACGUUAGAGACCACGCUGUAUUCGUCAAGAUUCUGGUACAUCCAUGAAGAUAACCGUAAUUCUAUUUGGUGUCACGCUUACCUGGUGAUAGAAUUCAAAGAUUGGCUAUCUUCACAAAAUUAAAGUCUACAGGCAUUAGCGGUUUUAAAUUAUUUGUUUUGUCCAAAACACCAGGGUUAUAUUUUUUCCACAGCUUAUACGAUCCUUAAACCGGAUCUUCAUUUGUCAUGAAAAUUAUCUCACGAGUCAGAAGCUUUGCAAAAUAACAACUCCAUUAUUUUUAUCGCUAUCUAAAUUUGAAGAAACGUAUUAAGAUAUAGUAGAUACACUCGACUUUCAAAGUGUUCAAUUAUCAUGAAUAACAUCAUUAAGAUAAACUGACCAAGCUGCAUGUUAGUUAUCUUAAUUUAAUUAGUAAAGUCAAUUAACUUGUAAGACCAUAUGUUCAUCAGAGCCCAGUAUUUGUAGAAUUCACACAAUAAGUAACACGUAUAAUAAUUUAAACAACAGAAAUCUUUAUUAAUAACAUGAUAAUUUAUACAAAUAUAUCACAUAAUUAGACUUUCAAUUAAAUCAGGAAAAUAGAGAAACAGUUCACUAUGUUAGACAGAUAGGUCCAUUCUCUACACUUUGUAUCAAUAGUAGCU